CUUUUUUGAAUGUCUGGCAACACUGCCGCAUGACGGCACAAUACAUACAAGCCGCAGCCAACUUCACUUCGAUGUAUAUUGGGAGUGACUAAGUUUCGUUGUAAAAAGUGUGUGAGCUGCGAGAAACGCAUAAAGAAAUCGGCGGUGCGCAGGAAUUAUUGGAUUUUGCGACACGGCAUUGAAACCUAAAGGCACGGAUCUGGAGUAACCAGGAGGGACACAGCCAGGCGCGAGCGAUAGCAAAACAAAUUCAGAGAAAAUGGGUGCAAGAGAAGACGAAUACGAUUAUCUGUUCAAAGUUGUCCUUAUCGGUGACUCGGGUGUUGGUAAAAGUAACUUGCUCUCACGUUUCACGCGCAAUGAAUUCAAUUUGGAGUCCAAGUCGACAAUCGGCGUGGAGUUUGCAACGCGCAGCAUAGAGGUCGAUGGGAAAACAAUUAAAGCGCAAAUCUGGGAUACGGCCGGACAGGAGCGCUACCGCGCCAUCACCUCUGCCUAUUAUCGCGGCGCCGUGGGUGCCCUGCUCGUCUACGACAUCGCCAAGCAUCUGACGUACGAGAAUGUGGAACGGUGGCUGCGGGAGCUGCGCGACCAUGCCGACCAGAACAUUGUCAUCAUGCUGGUGGGCAACAAGUCCGAUUUGAGGCACUUGCGUUCCGUGCCCACGGAUGAGGCGAAACUGUUUGCCGAGCGCAACGGCUUGAGUUUCAUAGAAACCUCAGCCCUCGACUCCACGAACGUUGAAACGGCAUUCCAAAACAUACUCACAGAAAUCUAUCGCAUCGUUUCGCAGAAACAGAUCAGAGAUCCGCCGGAAGGCGAUGUCAUUCGUCCGUCGAACGUGGAGCCCAUCGACGUUAAGCCGACUGUCACAGCCGAUGUGCGCAAGCAGUGCUGUCAGUGACCGCCCCAAGCAAAUAUCGCUACCCCCCGCAACCGCCAGAACAGCAACAUAAGCAGAAGCAGCAACUACAAUUACAACUACAACAACAACAACAACAACACCAAGAAAAGGAUCAGAAGAUUUUGUGUUUUUCAAUCACAGCCAUUAGCAGUUUUUCAUAAAAAAUUUCAAAUCAAUUCACCACCACAAGCAAACGUCAGCAAAAAAAUCGAAAAAUACAUCCGGCUGUAGUUAACUGCGGUUUAAACUGAAGUUUUAUAUAUAUACAGAUUUAAAAAAACAAAUAAAUAUAUAUAUAUAUGUAUCGCAUAAAACGAUCGCCGUGGUCGUCGAUGUCUGCAGAAUAAAAAAACGGGAAUGAAUAUAUAAGCAAAAACUAAACACUCCAAAUUCAGUUUAAGCUGUAGAACUAUAAUUUAUAUAAAUAUACAUAUAUGCUAAUAUUAAAAAUAUUAAUAUUAUUAAUUUUUGCAACAUAAAUACAUAGUUCUAAUUUUUCGACAAACGACAACCGGAUAUCUUCGAUUAUGAUGCAAAUCUCCAUUUCAACAAUCCUUCAGCAGCUCCUCGCCAAGCAAUUUGCGGACUUUCUUGUUCAGUUUUCACUUCACAUUGUUUUUAAAUAAAUCAAUUGGCCUCAAAGUAAAGAAAAUUUUUCAAAACUAGCUGAUAAUACAAAUCAAACAAAACAAAAACAAAACAGUUGUAAAACUUUAAAUGCAUAAAUGAAACGAAAUAACAUCAUUUGUGUUUGCUAUGUUAAGUGUGAUUAAAUAAAUAUAAUUUAAAUAAAAUGAA